ACACACUGGUAGUUUUGAUAACGUAGCAUAUAAUUAGAGUUAAAUAAAAAUGUCAAAUAAAGUAUUAUUUCUUAAAUCUGGAUUUCCACGAGCUCCUUUAGGGCUUGGAAUUGGUCGUUAUGUGUGUCAAUUACAAAGAGUGACAUUAAAGUUCUGUAAAAGUUCUGGUUCAAAUAAAGGAAUGAGAGAUUUUUUGGAACAUGAUUUGAUAGACUUUUCCAACCAAAAUCCUGGUAUUGUAGUAUAUGUAAAACCAAGACGACAUAGGUCGCCAGUUAUAGUUGCAGAAUAUUUAAACGGAGAAAGACAAUGGAUGAAUGUUAGCAAUUAUGCUAGAGAGGAUAUCGUUAAGUGGAUGGAAGUAUUACGUACUCAAUUUCAUGAUGGUCCAAAAUUGCGUGUAAGAAAAUUUUGGCAUACAGAAUUUCCUUCUAUUCAAGGACCGUGGACACCUUUAACGUUUAGAGAUCCAAGCCAUAAUUUAGCACAGUUUCCUAACAAGGAAAUCGGUGCAGCUGUUAAAACAGAACCGACUGCAACUGAACAAUUAAUUGAAUUAUUUAAAGCCCAGCAAAUGUCUGAACAACAUCAACAACAACAAGAAAUAGAAGUACAAACAAACACUUCAGAGAAAUCUAAUUAAUAUAAAACAUAAAAUGAAAUGAUGUAGAAAAGUAAUGAAAAUUUAAAUACAUGCAUAUAUAUAUUUAAAAAAUUAUUGUAAGAAAUAAUUAUUUUAUUAUUUUUUUAGUCGGCGUAUAGUACACAAUAAACACCGUUUUCAAAUUCAUUAGUUUAUCGAUGCAUAAUAUUUCAAAAAUUACUUUUAACCCUUUGACUGCUAUGGGUGCAUAUAUGCGUCCGACGCAAGCCAUCGAUAUAGACUAUGGACGCAAAUGUGCGCUUGGCGAAGUUUUGGCUGUUUACUGUUUUCUUAUAUGUAUGCUCGGAAAUACAAAAAAAAAAAAA